AUGUCACUGCAGGUCAACGGCCCAUGGUCGCGCGGCCGGUCCAGCAGCCGAACCCGCGAACGUUCCAAGUCUCGCGGUGCCCGGAGCCGAAGUAGAGUAUCCUCCGCCGUUCCACGGACCAGCAAAUCUUCCCUUACUUCCUUGGACGACAACCCACCACGGUCCCGAUCGCGCGGUCCCCGCAGCAGCAGAGCACCCAGCGCCGUGCGUGGCCAUCGCAGCAAGUCACGGUCGCGGUACGAUAUCGAUACUGAGGGGGGAGAUGGAGGGAAUGCGAGCGAUUAUUACCGUCGGGGCACAAGUCGACGGCCUCGUCGGGAAUAUUAUCAUUCGGGUGAUGAGGGUGAUGAUGGGCAGGAAGCGAGCUAUUACCUGAAGUCCACACCUAGUACUGGCUCCAAGUUUGAUAAGAAGGCUGAGGAGUCAGAUGACUCGUCUGUGGACGAGAGAUUGGCGUAUGGCGAUAUGCCGGGGGAGAGGAAAAAGUCGUCGAAUCGACGAUCCAAGUUCUGGUCUACGCUCCGCGACUCGGCGACCGAGCUAGCACAGCAGGCUGUUGCGGCGCAAGCUGCGCAGAAUAAACCGGAAUCGCCAAAGCCCAAUCUCCCACCGCGUCCUGGAUCACAGCCGCUGCCAGAGGCCCCGGGCCCUGGCUAUGCUCGACCAGAGCCGUUCAAGUACGGGUAUGCGAGCCCGCAGCAGCACAACUACCCCACGUAUCCGCCGACGUCGUCUGCGAUGCCGUCUAAUUGGGCGCCUAUUCCGGAGUGUGAGAUGCCGGGUUUCGUGCCGCCAUCGUCGCAGGGCGAAGAGCAUUCUUCUAUGCCUGGGGCUUUCCCGCCUCCUGAGACAUCGCAGCCGGCUACGACAGGGCCGCCUAUGCCGCAGUAUGCGAAUCCAGCGCCGUACACAAAUGCCUAUGUGCCUCAUAGCGCGCAUUAUAGUGCGAGUCCGGUUUAUUCAUCUACGACGGGCGCGUAUAAUCCGGGUUCUUAUGCGCCGGCUCCUCAUACUUCGUCGGGGGAGGGACCCCCGCGGCCGGCGUAUGCGAAUCUUCCGCCGUUCCAAUACGCGCAGAUUGAUCCCAAUAUAAGGUAUGGUUCGAAGAAUUCAUCGAGGCCGUUUAGCUAUCCUGCGGUGCCGCAACCCUCCAGGCCGCCCGCUGCUAGCUCGAGCCACCAGAAACCUGCACCUCCACCGGCUGCACCUGCACCACCAGCUUCACGACCCCCCGCAGCGCCUGCGCCGCCGGCACCGGCUGCGCCGACUCCUCCACCGAAGCGUCCUGCGAAGCCUCAGAUUUCCGUGUCGACGGGACAAGCUCCUACGACAAGCAAUGACCAUCACUACGUGGAAAUCACGCCGGGAGGCCGCACCCGCCCACCCAGCAACUCAGUGUCGUCUGCCAACCUCACCGUUGAUAGACCCGACCCAAGCCAGCGACCGGCCAGUCCUCUGCAGGAACCAUAUCAGGGCACGUACCAGACUAUUUCGCCUAUGCCCUCGCCCAUAGUCAUUCCUGCUAGACCGGAAGAUGAUUUCUCGGACUCGGAGACGCUGGAUCCGAAGCGAACACAUAGACGGAAGAAGUCCAGAGAUGACCGGGAGUCAAAGGAUGAGGGGUCCAGCAGACGCGAGAGGAGCAGGGUCCGACAUGAACGGCACAGUUCCACGCAGAGCCUGGAGCCUGACAACGUGCUUCUGAUUUCACCGGGCGUAUCGCAAAACAAACGCGUGUCGUUCUACAACCCAACACGUGAUGCACUUGCGAUGCAGGAAGCCCUCUCGCACACGCGCCAUAUCGACCACAAGACACUCAUCCACAUUCUGCCUCGUUUGAGUGAUGAGGAGAUUCUCGACAUGCGCAAGGAAUACAAACACCACGUCAAAGUCCACGGCAAGGGCGUCAACGUCGCCAAACACAUCCACCUAAAACUCGGCAACACACCCUUCGGCAAAGUCUGCUACGCCACCGCCCUCGGACGCUGGGAAUCAGAAGCCUUCUGGGCAAACUGCUACUACCAAUCCGGCAGCUCGCGACGAGAACUCCUAAUCGAAUCGCUAAUGGGCCGUCGGAACUCGGAAAUCCGCGCCAUCAAGGAAUCUUUCCGCGACUCGCGCUACAACGACAGUCUCGAGAAGUGCAUGAAGUCAGAGCUGAAAGCUGAUAAAUUCCGGACAGCCGUGCUACUCGCGCUGGAUGAGGGACGGCAGAGCGAGCGCCAGCCGAUGAAUGAGGAACUGAUCGACCGGGAUGUGGAGGAGUUGCAUCGCGCGCUGAUCUCCCGCGACGGUGGCGAGACAGCUAUGAUCUUUAUUAUUGUGCGGAGGAGCGACUCGCAUCUGCGCGAGGUGUUGCGUACUUAUGAGAAGGUUUACCGGCAUAAUUUCGCCAAGGCGAUGAUUUCCAAGUCGCCGAAUCUUGUCGGUGAAACCCUAGCGCACAUCCUCAACGGUGCCAUCAACCGCCCCAUGCGCGACGCAAUGCUCCUGCACCAGGCACUCCACGAAUCGCAGACUGGCAAAGAGCGCUCGGAAUUGCUGAUUUCACGGCUCGUGCGUUUACAUUGGGAGCCUAAGCAUCUGGAGCAGGUGAAGCAUGAGUUUCGGAGGAGGUAUCGGGAGAGACUUGAGGAGGCGAUUGCGGAGGAGGUGCUGCCGAUUAAUGGGGGGAGUGAGUGGGGGGAGUUUUGUAUUGAGUUGGCGAGGAGCUGUAAUAAGGAGUGA